ACGAUGAGGCUGCUACACACGAAGACAGGUCGGUUCCACGAAUUCGACGACCCGCGGACGGUUCGCUAUGCAAUCCUCUCUCACGUCUGGGCUCGGGAGGGCGAGGCCCACUAUCCGGAGAUCUCGGCCGAUCAUUCUUCAGUCAUCGACUUCUUCCCCUCCGAGAAAAUCAAGCGCUUGUGCAAGAUCGCGGCGGAGCACAACUACGACUAUGCGUGGGCCGACCUUUGUUGCACCGAUCAGACGAGCAGCUCCGAGCUUUCUGAGGCGAUCAACUCCAUGUACGAUUGGUAUCGAUACGCCGGUGUGUGCUACGUCUUCCUCUACGACGUGCCCACUCCUGCGACGUCCUCCAAGCUCGAAGCCCCCGAAAGUCCUUUCCGGAAGAGCAGAUGGCAUAAACGUGGGUGGACUCUGCAAGAACUCCUUGCCCCUACCGUGGUCGUCUUCUUGUCCUGUGAUUGGCGCAUCAUAGGCACAAAGCAUUCUCUCGCUCACCUCAUCCACGCCAUCACCGGAAUCGAUACUUGUAUCCUCACCGGCGAGCGGGCUCUCGAGGACUUCAGCGUCGCCUGUCGCAUGUCAUGGGCGUCUUCAAGGGAGACGAAGCGUGUAGAGGACAAGGCGUACUCGCUCAUGGGGAUCUUUGGGGUCAACAUGCCGACGACGUACGGAGAGGGCCGGUACGCCUUCAUACGCCUACAAGAGGAGAUCCUGAAGCACCACUCCGACCAGACGAUCUUCGCGUGGGGUCCCAUGGAGACCUCCUCGCAACACCAGUUCCUACUCGCGUCAUCUCCAAAGGACUUCCGAUACUCGUCAAACCUCAUCAGCAUCCCGUGGGAUGAGUUCAUGCGGCUGCUUGGCGCCCCUCUCGAGGACCGCCCGACGUAUACGAUGACAUCGUAUGGAGUGCGCACUCGGCUUCCUCUUCUUGCCGUUCGCGCGAAGAACCCCCAAACGAAUGUCCCUACAUGCAUCGCACUUCUCGCCUGCAAGGAUGCUGAGGGAAACCUCACGACGCUGCUCCUUCGUUCUCAGCCUAAGCGGCCGGAAAAGGACUACUUUGUGGGCGCGGUAGUUGGGCAGCUGCGCGACAUCAUGGGCUCGUUCGACAACAUCGAGCCUUACUCAAUG